AUGGCGUCCGAUAACCGCUCCUGCCCCCCUGCCUGUAGGCCUAUUUGGCUGCGGAGGCUUUCUGCCUCACUUAAAAUGGCGGGCGCGAGCGAUUCCCGACCACGUGGGGAGCUGGGAGGCGUUGGUUAAUGGCCGUUACCUAGGGAACCAGGGACGCUUCCGCGCUAUGCAGCCGCCCCCCCCCCCAGUGAAGAACAGGAACGGCAGCCGGAAAAAACCAAGCGAGACAGCAAACGCCGCACAAGUUGCAGCAACCCGGCCGACAGAAAAGCAAACAAAAGGGGAGACCCCGCAGCCAAACCUCGCUCCUCACGUCUCACGCAGCCACCCGGCCAACAAAGGGCAAACAAAAGGGGAGACCCCGCAGCCAAACCUCGCUCCUCGCGUCUCACGCGCCGCGUCCUGCCGUCCCAGCAACCUCUGUCGGAGAACGAGAAGACCGCAGCAGAAGGCGGAAGCUUGGAGAAAAUCCUGAUAGACGAGGUCCGACGCCAACCGAGGACCGAGCACGAACCGCGAAACCGCGAGGCCCCCGCGACCGAAGGCGCGACCGGGACAGGGAGUCCGAAGCAGCUGAACAGCGGUGGUUUAAAAUAG